AUGACUGCCGACGAGUGGCUGAAGCUCACCGACUCGUCCGCCCUCGCCCCGCGACAAGACAUAGCCCCGGGCCUCGGCCAGUUCCCCGCAGGCCCGCUGAACCAGUUCCUCCGCAUCAUCAGCUCGCUGCCGACGGGCGAGCGCGCCCUCGACGCCGUCGCCAAGAUCCUGACGCCCCUGCAGCAGGGCCUCGCCGCCGCCGCCGGCAUCGACACGACGAGGGAGGACCUCGCGCAGAACGCCCCGUGCGCCGCCGUCACCGUCGUCUUCGCGCGGGGCACGACCGAGCCCGGGUCCGUCGGCCUCAUCGCCGGGCCCCCCUUCUUCGACGCCCUGCGCGACCAGCUCGGCGCCGAGACGCUCGCCGUCCAGGGCGUCGCGUACCCGGCCACCUUUGCCGGCUUCAACAGGAACGGCACGGACGGCGUGCCGAGCAUGACGGCCUUCGUCGACCAGGCGGCGACCCGGUGCCCAGACACCAAGAUUGUCAUGGCCGGGUACUCCCAGGGCGCCCUCGUUGUGCGCAGCACCGCCGCUGCGCUGCCCGCCGGCACCAUGGCCAAGGUCAGCUCGGUCGUGACCUUUGGCGACCCGCGCAACCCGGCGCCCAUCGCCGGCGCCGACGGCAAGACCCUGAUCCUCUGCCACCCGAACGACGCCGUCUGCAGCGGCGGCUUCAUCACCGUCGCGCACUUGACGUACGGCGCCAACGCCACGGCCGCCGCUGCUUUUGUCGUUCAGAAGGCCCACGGCGCGUAA